AAUCAGAAAUAGUCUUAUAAAUUAUGGCAACAUUUUUGACAUCCAUUUGAAAUUGAUCAAAUUCAGAAUAGUGCCGCGAGUCCCAAGUUCCCUUCAGCACUGUGCGUCAGCCGCGGUGCCGUGUGUUCAUUGAAUUUCCAUCGGAUAUAAAACAUAAUAAUGUUCUCAUCCCUACUCGACGCGGCGCGGAAUUCCCCCUUCCGGGGACCGCUCUCCCCCGCGCAGUGCCAAGCCGCCGCGCCCCUACAAAUUGAACAGCCCAGCGGUAUGGCGGCUAACACGGCCGUGGGUGACUCGUGCGAGUUCGCCUCAACCAAGUACUUUGCUCUGUGCGGACUUGGAGGCAUCCUGUCUUGCGGCAUCACGCACACAGCGGUGGUACCCUUGGACUUGGUGAAGUGUCGUCUCCAAGUCGACGCUGAAAAAUACAAGAAUGUGGUGAACGGUUUCAAGGUCUCAGUGCGCGAGGAGGGAAUGCGGGGACUGGCGAAGGGCUGGGCACCAACUUUCAUAGGAUACUCGCUACAGGGUCUCUGCAAAUUCGGCUUGUACGAAGUGUUCAAAGUGGCGUACACCAACUUGUUGGAUGAAGAGACGGCGUAUACUUACAGAACAGGCGUUUAUUUGGCUGCGUCCGCGUCGGCGGAAUUCUUCGCUGAUAUCGCUUUAUCGCCGCUAGAGGCCGCUAAGGUUCGAAUCCAAACCAUGCCGGGCUUCGCCAACACUCUCCGCGAGGCGUGGCCCAAGAUGAUCAAGAACGAGGGCGUGGGCACCUUCUACAAGGGCAUCGUGCCCCUGUGGGGUAGGCAGAUCCCGUACACCAUGAUGAAGUUCGCCUGCUUCGAGAGAACGCUCGAGUUGUUGUACAAGUACGUGGUGCCCAAGCCCCGCGCUGAGUGCACGAAAGGCGAGCAGCUGGUGGUGACGUUCGCGGCGGGCUACAUCGCCGGCGUGUUCUGCGCCAUCGUCUCCCACCCCGCCGACACCGUAGUCUCCAAGCUGAACCAGGACAACACAGCUACCAUCGGCUCCAUCAUGAGCAAGCUGGGCUGGGCCGGAGUGUGGAGCGGCUUGGGGCCCAGGAUCAUCAUGAUUGGUACCCUCACCGGAUUGCAGUGGUUCAUAUAUGAUGCCGUCAAGGUUUGGCUCAGAAUGCCGCGACCACCGCCGGCCGAGAUGCCCGAAUCGAUGCGCAAGAGGCUGGAAGCGGAGGGGAAGUGAACUAACAAUAACAACAAUAUCUAGAUGAUGUUUUAAUAAUUCGUCAUAUUUAUUUCUUUAAAUCCACAAUUUCAAAGUGAGAUUUUGUUAAUAUAUAUCUAUAUAUAAAUUCGUAGGUACUGUAUUCAUAAUAUAAAAGAAAUAAGUCUUGCAAGCUGAAUUCUUUAGACACGCACCAAGGUGUGCAGGAUGCAUAGACCUAAUUAUAAGACUAUUUUAUUGGUCAUAUAAUAUACGUCAACAAAUUUGAUAUUAAACUCAAUAUAUAUGUUAUUUUGAGUUAUCAAUGUAUAGUAUUAUUUCUGAUGUAUAUUCUCAAUACUUUGUUCAUUCCUAGUCUAGGAGGUAGAGUUAAGAUUAUUCUUUUAUUAAAACAUCAUCGUUUUUUUUUUGACAAGCAUUCGUACUCGCGUUUUAUAUAUGUCGAAUGACACAUUAAUAAUUAAUAUAUACGGGACAAAUUACACAGAUUGAGUUAGCCUCGAAGUAAGUUCGAGACUUGUGUUACGAGAUGCUAACUCAACGAUACUGUAUUUUAUAAUAAAUACUUAUAUAGAUAAACAUCCAAGACCCAGGCCAAUCAGAGAAAGUUCUUUUCUCAUAUGCCCUGACCGGGAUUCGAACCCGGGACCUUCGGUGAGUAUAAAUUUUAUACUGUGUAUAACACAAGUGGUUCACAAUUUGUUGUAACAUUUUUAAAUGUUGCGUUUAGUAGCACCGAUAGUAAAUAAUUUAUUUUCUAUUGUUGGUUGAAAUAAUUUUUAUGGUUGUUUAAUUAUAUAUAUUGUUGUUCGAUACCUGUUCAGGACAAAAAUUGUAAAUGCUUUAAUUAUAUAUUUGAUAUUAAAUUAUUAAAAUACUAUUUAACAUAACAUUUGUCCCUAUAUAAGGAAUUAUAUAUAUAUUAUAUAUAUACAAAAGUACGAAUGUCUGUCAAUGUUAAUAGUAGAUCAAUGUUACCUGUACGGAGUAAGAAUAACAAUCAUGUUAAUUUAUUUUGAAAUAAAAUUAUUUUUAUUUUA